UGCGUCUCACAUAUAUCAACGUAUGUAUGUAAGUAAGCAACCAAUUUGUGUUUUCUUUAACGGUAUCAUCUUUUCAGCACAAGAUUUAUAAUAGAGUUGAGUCAAAGUCACUUGAGAUAAUGGGCAAUUCUUCGGCAUCUGUGUAUGUUUGUAAGUAUGUUACUCAGCUACAGAGAGGUAGACGGACUUUGAAUUAUUUUUGGGAAGAAAAUCUAUGAGAAAAUGCUAUCAGAAUGAAUCAGUCGUGAUUUUGACGUCGUACACAUAUCGUCACUUAAAAAUAGACGAUUAAACUUCGUGAGAUAAAUAUAUCGAACCAAUGAAUCUUCAUCGUUCAAAUCUUAUUUAAUUAACGUAAUAACUCUUAUGGAAUCCCUCGACCCCUAAAGCGGUCACUAAUGAGAUCUCUGAAUCUCUUCAUUUCUCACCUGUCAAGACAACAAUGGAUUUUUAUCAGGGGAAGAAGAAGUGAAUGAAUAAGUUGAGACGACGAGUCAUAAGCCAUCCAACUUAUUAAUCUUGGGUGAGGAGGAGGAUGAGCAAUUCGAUGUAAUAAGACAAACAGACAGACCCCAUGCCUGUGAGUGAGGUGAGACAUUGUAAUAAGUGCGAUAAAUAAAUCCGGGUGUGUUUUUUGUCACAGAUCGAUUUCAAUCACAAAUAUAUUGCAUAAAAUUGAACCUGGUUUAUAAUUCAGUGUAAAAAAAUAUUGUAAUAAUCUUAAUUUGGAGUAAAUAUAAAAAUUUAAAUGCAAUGGUCAUCCCGUCAAGUUUAAAAAGAUUGCUAACUUUUAAAAUUAAAGUGCCCGUGCUGCUCGUCUUGUGCUGUAGUUUUCUUCAAUUUUGUUCCUGCGACAUUUUCACUGCUCAAGUAGAAUUGGAGUCAAUUUUCGACUUGAGGAAGUCUGUGAGUGGAGCAGUUGUAGAAUAUUUACGUCAAGAAGAGUUGAGAUUGGCGUUGGUUCGAGAAAAGUUUGAGAUUUCGAGCGGUCUAAGUCGCAUCGGCGUUGUGGAUAAUGGUGAAGAAUACAGGAAAAAGUUGUUACCUGGAGAAGAUGUCUCAAUUAGUGGUGAAAGUGAAAAUUACGACAUUCUAAAUCCUAUCAAUGCCUUUUUGGCAAUUAAAGCUCUCUCAGUCGAUUUGGCAGAUCUUGUCAAACAUGCGAUGGAUAAUACCAAUAUGAAAUCUUUUAACAAACUUAUGGAGAGCUUGUCAGCAACUAGAAAAUUUCCAGAUAAAGAUGACUUGAAGGGGGCAGCCAUCGCACUAACGAGAUUACAGGAUACAUAUCUGCUAAAGACUGAGGAUCUGUCGGAGGGUUGUUUACAGGACGAUUUUUGCACGGUCACACUCUCAGUCCAAGAUUGCAUAGAAAUAGGACGCCAAAACUACCAAGAACGCAGCUACGAUCAUGCAAUCCCUUGGUUUGAAGAAGCCUUAAGAAAACUUGACGAGCAAGAAUCUCACCUCUACCUCAACUCGAACAAUAACGAAACAAAUCUAGAAAUCCCCAUAAAACGUGGUCCUCCCAAGCCAACAAAAACCCCAUUCUUUACCGAAUUAAGCAAUCAGACCAGAGAAUCUCAGAGGGAAGAAAUUAUCGAGUACAUAUCAUGGUCAAACGAUAUCAAGAAUACGCUCAGCGUGGGAAAACAAUUUCUCGCCGAGUUAACAGGAAUCGAGCUGGACGCCUUUAUCGAUGAGGUCGUCAAAGCUGCGGAAAGUCAACCGACCGAUGGUGAAGCAGAGGACAGCUAUUCAACCGUGUUAAAGAAAUACGAAGCUCUUUGUCGGGGAGAAAGUCGAGAUUUUAUCUCUCAAAAUCCAUCACUCAAAUGCACCCUCUCGACACGAGCCAACAAUCCAUACUUUAUGAUCGGGCCUGUAAAAGAGGAACAAUUGCACGUGGAUCCUCCCCUUUGGGUAUUUCAUGACGUAAUUUAUAAUUCAGAGAUAGAAGUCAUCAAAGCAAUUUCAAAGCCGCUGUUUAAAACGGCAACUGUUGUAAAUUCGGCGACCGGAGGGACCGAGCAGUCCACGACGCGGAUUAGCAAAUCCGCGUGGGUAAUUAAUGACGAUGAUGACGUCGUCCGCCGGGUCAAUAAGAGGAUUAUGUACUUGACGAAUCUGGACCUCUACACCGCCGAGGAUUUGCAGGUCGCGAAUUACGGGAUCGGUGGAAUGUACCUGCCGCACUUUGAUUUUUCGCACACGAACGAGACGAUAAAGUUCCUACCCAAAGAAGAAGGCAAUAGAAUUGCAACGCUCAUGUUUUACAUGAGUGACGUCAGAGUCGGGGGUGGGACUGCUUUUCCUCAUUUGAAUUUAACCAUUUGGCCGGAGAAGGGAGCGGCAGCAUUUUGGUACAAUUUAAAGCCGGAUGGUCGUGGAGAUUACAGGACGCAGCAUGGGGCAUGCCCGGUUUUAAUUGGGUCGAAGUGGGUAAGUAACAAAUGGAUUCAUGAACGAGGACAAGAAUUUAUAAGACCGUGUGAAUUGCAGCCAAAUGAUGCAAAAAGCAAGAAUUAUAAUUAUUAGGAGCAAUAUAUAAUUUUAAAAAGAAGGGUCAAAGUUCCUGUGCAAUCACAUGCAGUCGAAUCAGAUCACACUGCCAUCAUCUCAGAGCAAUAUUUAAAAAUAUUUACACUCAUGAUAUUAAAUUUUUUCAUAUAAAUCCUCCUAUUUAUUUUGUAAGUAUUUAUGGUGGACCUCUGGGUAAAAAUAUUAAUUAAAUAUUUCUGGUUCAUAAAAAACGUAGAUAUAAUUUUACAAUCCUAUCUACGUGAACCCAAACAAAUUGUGAUUUACUUUAGCUAAAUGUGAUUUAUACCUGAUGAAAUGAAUCUAUACUACAAAGUAAGUAUGCGAUGUAUGUAAAUAUGUAUGCACAACUAAAAUGAAAGGUGUAUUUCUAUUCAGUAUUUAUUCAAGUACUUGUUAUAUAAAUACCUUAUAAUUAAAUAAUAUGCAUACGACAGUCAUAAUAUAAGUACUUUAUAAUAAUAUAAUAAAUUAAUGCAUUUGGCAUGCCCUUAUCAUAAUGAAUAGCGAGAGAAAAAAUAAAGGAGCCAUUAUUUCCGAUUCUGAAAAAUGAUUCGGUUCCACUAAUUUCCAGCAGAGUAAAAAUUCAAACAAAAAGACGAGAAAGAUUUGUAAAAUUGACCAAA